AUCUGCUUGGAGAUUACAGUUCAUUAGGUCCAGAAAAUCAGGUUUCAUGUCAGGAACUUCAAACCUGGACCUGAUUGUCAGGGAGACUAAUGUGAAUAGGCAAUACUCAAAACAAUGGUACAUUUCACUACAAAAGGAAUCCGUUUGGUGGAGUAUCUGAAUUCCACUGGUGUUUUAAAUCAUGUCUUCGUAAACAAUGCUAACUGUCACUGUAAGUUUGACUGAAGGAACUUUAAUUCUUAAAUUAAAUUACUUUAAUUCGCUCUUAAAUAUUCUUUCUUGGACCCCCACAAGCCACAAAACGCAUGCCUUAAUUCAUUUCCUAAUUACAUGUAGUAAAAUAUCCGCUAAUUUGUUCAGGUCAUUUUAUUCCUUCCGACUGGAGCAACAACAAAAAAAUUACGGUUUUAUAACAAAAAACACCCCUAAAUGUACAUGCAACAUAAAAUUAUUGGCGAAUUCAUAGUUUGAUACAAUUAUAUGCACAAAACUGCACAUAUACCCAGUAAAAAAUCUGUAUUUUAAGCUAUUUUAUUCAAGCAUGAAAUUCUGAUAUCUGCACAACAAUCUUUCCCUGUGUAAUUUCAUUUCAAUUGCCUUGUUUACCACAAAGGUAUGCAAAGAACCCACUUCUCUGACAUCAAAACCACAGAAAAUUACAGGUGGCUACCCGCCAACUUGCCUUAUUUGCAUGCGAAAGCAGGGUUGUACCAACAAUUGAAAGGAUAUAACAAAAGCUUGUUUGAUGUUGAUUUUCACAUAUUAUGAAGUAGUUAGCUAAUCUAUUCACUUAUGUCUAAAUAACUCUAAUCUUUAAUCUUUGUUUCCAGCUGAAAAUCAAAUUCUUAGCUCUACAAAGCUGAAGUUUUUCAGCUGUACCCCCACCCCUUGAGUGGAACAGUCCAAGAUGAUGUAAUGGAAACCAAACCUGCAGGGUGAAUGCCAGUAUGGUGGCGUAUAGAAACUAACUCAUUGUGGUUAGAAACUGACUCACAAAAUUCCCCUCCCCCACAUUUUGGCCUGGAGAUAUAGGAGGGAAACGGUCGGGGAAGUUUUCACUGCACUGCUAACAACCUGAGGUGGGCUUUACAGUUCAGCUGGGAUUCUGCAUGGUUGCUGAAAUACCAAUCAGUUCAAAGGCGCCCAAAACACAAUGAUGGUGAAAACAUCUCUUCUGCUAUCCAUCCUGCUCCUUUCUGUGGCCAUGAUGUCAGAAGGGAGUGGGGCAACAGUGCCAUCUGUCUGGAGUCAGAGGAACUGCAGCAGGCGGGGUUAUGCCACUGAAGACUGCAGCCACCUCCAUCUGCGGCAUGUACCAAACAAUCUACCACCAUCAACCCAUGUCCUGAUCCUCUCCCACAACAUGCUCACACGUCUAUACAACUCCUCCUUCCAAGGCCUACCCAAUCUAGAAACACUACACCUUGGCUACAACAGCAUCUCUACCAUGUAUGCUGGAGCUUUCAGUGGCCUUCAACAUCUCACCAAACUAACUCUGGAUCGCAAUCAGCUGAGGGUCUCCAAACUGUUCCCCGGUGUUUUCGACAGAAUUACAAACUUAACCACGUUGGAUCUUUCAUACAAUUACUUUGAGGCCAUACCAAGCGAGACCUUUACACAUACAGCCAGACUGGAGAGCCUGAACCUCACCCAUAACUUACUGACGUCUCUGGAUGGUACAAGCUUUGCAACAAUGCCGAAUAGGACGCUCCACGUUUUAAAUCUGUCGGAAAAUAAUUUGGAGACGAUCACAGUAGAUGCCUUCCAGCCACUGAGGAAGAUCAGGCAUCUUGUGCUGGAUAAAGCGAUUAAGGGAGAGAUGCUGCUUCGCGACCUUUGCACCGCUCUCGGGAAAACGGAAGUCACCUCUCUUUCCGCACGCUGGAUCGAUCUAACGACGCUAAAGCAGACAACCCUGCAGCCAUUGGGCAAUUCUUCCACUCAAACACUGGACCUUUCAAACAACGCACUGACAGAGCUUCCUGACAAUGUCUUUGCUACAUUAGCUUCCUUAAAAACUCUUCUGUUACAGAACAACAAGAUAUUUCAUAUCAGUUCACAGGCCUUCUAUGGACUUCAGAGUAUUGUAACCCUGAAUAUGAAGAACAACACCAGUACCCCAAAGGUAAUCAAAUCCUCCAUGUUUGAAGGUUUUGUGGAAGGGAAACUAACCCAUCUAAACCUUCGACAGAACAACAUUCAAAAGAUCUCCAGACAAAGCUUCCAACAUUGUUCAUCUCUCACAACAUUGGACCUAUCACACAACACCAUGGACCAGAGAAUCUAUGGUGAGGAGUUUGCUGGACUUCCCAACCUUCAGGAUUUGUUCCUGAGUGACAACAAGAACAUACUUUUGACAGGGGAUUCUUUUAAAUAUGUACCGACUUUGAAAAACCUACUAAUGAGUAGAGUACAGCAUAAGUUUCGACACAUCGCGGCCGAGCCGUCCCCAUUUCAAUACCUGAACCAAUUGACUUGGCUCGACUUGAGUCAUAAUAACAUGGAUUACAUUGAAAAUGGAGCUUUCACGAACUUGACAUCUCUAAAGGAACUUUCCUUGAACAACAACAACCUGUACAGGCUUUGGGAACCGGGAACCACCGUCUUGUUUCUUGAAGGUCUGACGAAUCUGAACACAAUUUUUCUGUCCAGGAAUGGUUUCCGUCAAAUCCACAAAGAUGCCUUCAAGAACCUUACACUCCUGAACAAUCUCUACCUGAGUUACAACAAGAUUAGCAUCUUACCUGAUAACCUUUUCCAAAGUUCCACAAAGCUGUCCACUCUAGAUCUUAGGAACAACUCCAUAACAGUCAUCAACGAGACUGUGUUUCAUCCCUUUUUGUCGUCCCUGAAGAGAAUGUACCUCGCUGGAAAUCCGCUAUACUGCACGUGUGAAAUGGCGUGGUUUCGGGACUGGCUUAACAGCACAAAAGCAGACGUCGGUAACCUUACCCGUGACGUUCUCUGCUCCUAUCCCCUCAAACUCAACAAGAAGUCCAUUCUGAACUUUGACACGCAGGUCUGCAGAGUAAACUGGGAACAUGUGUCACAUGUUACCAUGAUAGUAACGACCACCUCCAUUUCUCUUUACAUGAUGCUAGCCCUUCUCUUCAGAAACCAUUUCCACUUCUAUAUCGAGUACACAUGGCACCUUCUACGAGCUAAGAUUCAACGACCCCGCAAAAUUCCAAAUGGCGUAAAGAAGUACGACGCCUUUAUUUCCUACUGUAGCAAGGACACCAGAAAAUGGGUCCGAGAACGUCUGAUAAAAAAACUCGAGGAAGAAGGACAGCCAAAAUUCAAACUCUGUAUUCAUGAGAGAGACUUCCCAGCCGGAGCGCCCAUCAUUGAGAACAUUAUAGACAGUAUUGAAUCCAGCAGGAAGACUGUCUGUCUCAUCACUAAGAACUUUCUCAAUAGCGGAUGGUGUAAACAGGAGUUUUAUCUGGCGCAGCUCGGCUUGUUCGAAGACAAAGAUGACUCGCUGAUCCUGGUAGUCAUGGAGGAUAUUCCUGACUACUGUCUGACCCGCUAUGCCCGACUCCGCCGCUUCAUGUGUCGAAACACGUACCUAGAAUGGUCCGAGAAUCCAAAUACGCAGCCACUGUUCUGGCAGAGGUUACGUAAUGCUCUGAACACAGACAACAGACCACAAAGGUGCACCAGAUAUGGGGCCAUUGUUGUGGAAGAUGAGAUGGACUGAUAUGAUAUCAAA